AUGACUCGCACAGUCACGCGAAACCAGGAUAAGCUCUUCAUUCCACCUGGAGGCAUCGACUUCUCAUCCCAAACAAACAAACCGGGAGUCGUUGAUAUCUACUUGAGAGCCGGCGACAACACACCUGGCACAGGCCUUCACUGGCACGAGACUCACACGGAGUACCUCCAAGUCGUCCAAGGCUAUGCUCUUGUGACAAUCGGAAACCGCACAGCUGUCUUCUCAAAGGAUGACGGGAUCAUCACCGUACCGCGGUACACAAUCCACCAAUACAUGCGCGCAGACAAGACGGACGAAGGGAAAGCGGGAAAGGACGUUGAUCUCGUUGUGAGGGAAUGGACUGAGCCUGGCGAUGGGGACAAAGAGGUCUUCUUUCGCAACAUGAUCAGCUUGAUCAUGGACAAGAAGAAUGGGGCAUUGGGUACAGUGGGAAUGCUUCUCUCUGUCAUGACAGUUUGCUGGUCUCAUGAUAACUAUCCUGUCUUUUGGAAGGGACCAGAGGUCUUUGGGGAGGCUGUGCAACAAAGAGUGAGAAGGGCUGUGACAUUCUCUUUGAUGGGAUGUCUGGUUCUCUUUGGCCGACUUGUUGGAUGCAAGCCGCAAUAUCCAGAAUAUACACCAUAG